AUGUCUGCUGAAGAGGCUUUACCCUCUGGAAUCACCGGUACUGGUACUGGUGGUGAUUCUCUUACCGUCGACUUGAAUGUCCAAUUCAAUCGUGCUGAUAUGGUUUGGAUUGGUGUCUCUGGUAUUCUAGUUUUUAUUAUGAUUAUUCCAGGUGUAGGUUUAUUAUAUUCUGGGCUUGCAAGAAAAAAACACGCCUUGUCUUUGAUCUGGGCUGCAAUUAUGGCAACUUCUUUAGUAGCCUUUCAAUGGUUUUUCUGGGGUUAUUCUUUAGCUUUUGCCCACGAUGGUUCUGAAUUCUUAGGCACCCUAUCAAAUUUUGCUUUAAAAGAUGUUCUAGGUGCUCCAUCUGCUGCUACAACCGUUCCUGAUAUCCUUUUUUGCUUCUACCAAGGUAUGUUCGCUGCUAUCACAUCAGCACUUAUGUUAGGUGGUGCUUGUGAAAGAGCAAGACUAGGCCCAAUGAUGGUUUUCUUAUUCAUCUGGAUGACCGUUGUUUACUGUCCUGUUGCCUACUGGACUUGGAACCCCAAUGGAUGGUUAGCUACUUUAGGUGCUUUGGAUUUUGCCGGUGGUGGUCCAGUUCAUCAAACAUCUGGUAUCUCAGCUUUAGCUUAUGCCUUAAUUUUAGGUAAAAGAAAUGACCCAGUUACAGUUAAAGGCGUUCCCAAAUACAAACCUCAUUCUGUCACUUAUUUGGUAUUAGGAACUGUUUUUCUUUGGUUCGGUUGGUUUGGCUUCAAUGGUGGCUCCACUGGUAAUUCAACCAUUAGAUCUUACUAUGCUUGCGUUAACACCCAUUUAGCUGCUUCCUGUGCUGCCUUGACCUGGAUGUUCAUUGACUAUUUCAGAUCCAACAGAAAAUACACAACUGUAGGUUUAUGUUGUGGUGCAAUUUCCGGUUUAGUUGGUAUCACUCCUGCUGCUGGUUUUGUUCCCGUAUACUUUGCUGUUCCAAUCGGUGUGAUAACUGCUACUUGUUGUAACUUUGCUGUUGAUAUUAAAUCCCUUAUCGGCAUUGACGAUGGUAUGGAUGUUUUUGCUAUUCAUUGUGUUGGUGGUUUUACUGGCAGUGUAUUAACUGGCUUAUUCGCUGCUGACUAUAUUGCUGCAACUGAUGGCUCAACUUUCAUCGAUGGUGGUUGGUUGAAUGGCCAUUAUGUGCAAUUAGGUUAUCAACUAGCUGCUUGCUGUGCAACUAACUUAUGGGGCUUUGUUGUAACCUCAAUUAUUUUAUUGGCAAUGGACAGGGUCCCCUUCUUGAAAUUGAGAUUAAAACCAGAAGAAGAAUUCUCUGGUACUGAUGGUGCACAAAUUGGUGAAUGGACCACACAAGAUGAGGAUGAACAAAUCUAUAUCCCCCAACCAGUAAGAAGUGUUAAAUCACACACUUCAAAAUCUGCUGCUACUCCAGCUGAAGAAGAAAAAGCUGAAUCAGCACAUAAGCCAGAAUCCCAAUAA